CUCUUCUACAGUAGGAAUCUCUUCUCAACAGGAUCUCACCAUUUUAUUUUACAACACUUCUAUGGCCAUAUUAUGAUAUCUGAGAUUACAUCUAAUUGAUGGUGGACAAAAAUGAUUUUACCUCUCAAAUGUGUACUGGGUGUGAACAGGGUCACGUUCACUUGCAAAACGUUCGCGAACAUUGCAGAUAGAAAUUAACGUAAUUCGUUAUUGAACAAAUCGAAGAGGCAUGUUUGUUCUACAUAGCAUAUUUCUAUCUGGACGUUCCAAAACGUUUUAUCUUGCUGAACGCGCCCCUGUUCUUGACUUUUAGCACUUUGCGGGUACUUUGUUUUGACUGGAGACCGCAACUGAGUUUGAAGCUGCCUCCUCGACCUAUUUUAAAACACGUAUAUUUACUGAGACGCAGUGAUGGACUAGAAUCAAAUACUGCCUCCGCCUUGGAGGGAAACAAACCUUGGUCACAGAUACUGCCUCCGCCUUGGAGGGAAACAAACCUUGGUCACAGAUACUGCCUCCGCCUUGGAGGGAAACAAACCUUGGUCACAGAUACUGCCUCCGCCUUGGAGGGAAACAAACCUUGGUCACAGAUACUGCCUCCGCCUUGGAGGGAAACAAACCUUGGUCACAGAUACUGCCUCCGCCUUGGAGGGAAACAAACCUUGGUCACAGAUACUGCCUCCGCCUUGGAGGGAAACAAACCUUGGUCACAGAUACUGCCUCCGCCUUGGAGGGAAACAAACCUUGGUCACAGAUACUGCCUCCGCCUUGGAGGGAAACAAACCUUGGUCACAGGAAAUCCUCCUCUCCGGAUUUGAGGAAAAUGUUUCGCCCUGGGAGAGAAAAGCAUCAGACUGAACCAUGGGAAGUAUCUGCCUCCCAUGUGACAAAACUCAGCAAUAAACUCAAAGCCAUCCUGAAGAAGAAGUACCAAAGUCCACCAGGGGGGGAAACUGAGCAUCCAUUUUAUAUUCAUUGUGAUCUCCAGUAUCCACCUGGUGAAAGUGGAGAGGGGAACCAACAUGAGUACAUUCAAAUUGAGCCAACCUACAGGAAGAGACACCAAGGGACAUGCUCACCCAUAGGCUUACACUUUGAUUCUGAACUAGGCAACGAACAAGUCAGAAUAGCACUGACAAAGGGUGUCUCUGGUAUUGGCAAAUCUAGCCAAGUGCGGAUGAUUAUUCUUAACUGGGCAGAGGGAAAAGGAAACCAGGAAUGUCCUCUCUUAUUUCCUCUUCCUUUCCGGGAGCUGAAUUUGCUGAAGGAGAGACUGAGUCUAAUUGAACUUCUUCACAAGUUUUUCCCAGAAUUGAAAGAACCUGGAAUUUCCAACUUGGAGAACUUCAGAAUUUGGCUCAUCUUUGACGGGCUGGAUGAAUUCCGUCGCCCUCUCGACUUCAAGAACAGCCCGAUAGUGACCAAUGUCACCGAGGUUUCCUCUGUGCCGACACUGCUGACAAACCUCAUUAACGGUAAUCUCCUUCCCUCCGUCGCUCACAUAUGGAUUACAUCCAGACCUGCGGCAGUCAGUCGCAUCCCUCUUCAGUACAUCAACGAAGUGACAGAAAUCGAAGGCUUCACAGAUUACCAGAAAGAGGAGUUCUUCAGGAGAGCAAUAAAUGACAAGAACCAGGCCAAUGCAAUUAUUGCCUACUUGAAGUACUCAAAAAGCCUCUACGUCUUGUGCCAGAUACCUUUUAUCUGUUCUAUUUGUGCGUCAGUCCUCUGGAGAAAGACAUUUCUAUUCAAUGAAGAAUGUGACCCCAGAGCUCUGACUCCAGUGUACACUGACCUACUCGCCCUGUUGCAAACACAGAACCAGAAUACACAGGAGAUGGCUAUUAAAUUGGGGGAACUAGCCUUUAAGCAGUUGGUGAAAGGCAACACGGUUUUCUACGAGGAAGACCUGCGAGAGUGCAACAUUGAUGCCCGAGUGGCAGCUGUAUACGCAAAAGUGAACAUACCCAUCUUCAGGGAGGAUAUUGGGCUGCACCAACAGAAGAUCUACUACUUUGGGCAUACCACCAUUCAGGAGUUCUUUGCCGCAAUGUGGUUUCUUCAAUCCUGCAACAGCCCAGAUGAAAACCUGAGGAAUGCAGUGGACAUGGCCUUGCAGAGCAAAAACGGAAAGCUGGACCUCUUCCUCCGGUUCCUCCUGGGCUUCUCGCAGAGCUUCAUCCAGUCAAUCGCAGAGGCCGGCUACAAUUUGUCGGAGACACUGACGGAAGCAGUAGAGUAUAUCAAGAAGAAGGUCAUGGAGAAUCCCGCUUCACCGAGGACACUCAACCUGCUGAAUUGCCUGGCGGAACUGGGUGACAGCUCUUUAGAAACGGAUGGUGUGCGCUUUCUCAAGACGGGAAUCCCCCCAGAUGCCAAAUACCCACCUUCACAUUGGUCCGACCUGGCCUCUCUGUUAGUGGCGUCAGAGUCUGGGCCGAUAGACAUGCUUGGGUUGGAAGUAAAGAAGAGAGGAGACGAGGAACUUCUGAGGAUGCUGCCAGUGAUCAAAGCUUCCCAGACAGCCAUGCUGUCAUAUCACAAUCUGACUGAGAUAUUCUGUGAAGGUCUGGCCUCGGCGCUCACCUCAAAGCUGUGCAAUCUGAAAGCUCUGGACCUGAGUUUCAACACGCUGAAGGACUCAGGAGUACAACUGCUGGCGGCCGGCCUGGCCAAUCCACACUGCCGACUGGAGAGACUGAAACUGUCCGGCUGCAGGGUGAAACAGGAUGGCUUCGCCGCUCUGGCCAAAGCUCUCAAAUCCAACCCCUCGCACCUGCGAGAGCUGGAUCUCAGCGGCAAUGAUCCGGGAGAAGCCGGCGUGUUUCAUCUCGUUGACGGACUGAAGGUUGUUAAUUGCAAACUGCAGAUCCUGAAGCUCUCAAACUGCAAGCUGGGCCUGGAGCAGAGUCGCUCUCUUGUGGUGUUGCUGAUAGACAACCCCAGACACCUGCGAGAGCUGGACGUCAGCAUGAACGACCUGGGAGACCGGGGGGUGAAGCUGCUCAUGGACAUACUGAAGUCAACCCAGAUAUACAAACUGGAGUUGUACUGUUGUCAGCUCACUGAGAAAUGCUGUGAGAACAUGUUUGGAUGUCUGGUGAACAUCCCCAGUCUGAGGGAGCUCAACCUGAGCAACAACAACCUGAAGGACGAGGGGGUCAAGAUGCUCUGCAACGCAUUCAGGCUGCCCGCCUGUCAACUGGAGAAACUCAUUGUGGCGAGCUGUGGCAUCACCCUAGUCCGAGGGUUUCAUUUCAACUCUAUCCUCAAAGAGCUGGACAUCAGCAGGAACCAUCUGGGUGACUCGGAUGACUGGGCCGAUGUCUUGUUCUGCUUGUCUUCACUUGAGACCCUCAGGCUGAGUGACUGUAAAUUGACAGAGAAAUGCUGUGGGGUGCUGGUCGAAGCUCUCCGCUCCAACCUCACCAACCUGAAAGAGCUGGAUCUUUCUGGAAACGACCUGGGAGACCGCGGGGUGAAGAAUCUCUACAUGGGACUGACGUCCAGGUGUUGUACACUGGAAAGACUGUUUCUGAGAUGCUGUGGGAUCACAGUAAAGGGCUGCUCCUCCCUAGCAUUAGCCCUGAAGUCCAGCCACUCCAGUAUCACAGAACUAGGCCUGAUGGGAAAUGACACGGGAGAAGAAGGACUGAGAAUUCUCUCCGACAUCAGGGACAACCAACGCUACAAUCUACAGACUUUAGAAAUCAACGAUUGAGAGAGGUCUUGACUUGCUCGAUGGGGUUCAUCUUGGCGUCUCGGCUUGGUCUUCAAGUUCUGUACUCGCUCCGGUGAAGUGCUUCACUGUAAAGGGAACGGGAUGCUAUCUCGGGGCGCAGACUGGGAUAUGAGCGUUGUCCAGACUCAUUAAAGAAGUGCCUAAACUUUGAAAAAGUUAAUGCUAUAGUAUUCUAUAGAGUAGGAUGCCCUUUAAGAUGUCCCCACGGUGUCUGUGUACUAAACUAAAGGAUGUUCGUCAGUGCCUUCAGCCUCAAUCAUGCUCAGUAACCCCGAAGGACCAUUGCAGUAUUUUAUUUGCAUAUCAAUGUCAAUCCAAGAUGUUACAGUAUAUACAAUGUAGCCUUUACUGAAGAGAAGGGUGAUGCUAUGUUUUACAUAAUGACCUUGUUGUGUUUUCUUGUUUAACCAAGAAUGUGUCAUCAUUGGGGGCCUAUAGUGGGACUUGAUAAAUGAAUAAUCCGUUUGAAGUCAUUUUCACCUUUACCAAUUCCGAUUCCAGGCUGUAUCACAACCGGCCAUGAUUGGCCCAGAGUCGUCCCGGCAUUAGUGUUAGGAAUUCUAUGAAUAAUGACUCAACAAUAUCUACAUUUAAAUAGAACUAUAACUAGUUAAACUCUACCCUGUUUUACAAUAUCUGAUGAAUAAUGUUAGUUCCUAAGAAAGAGGUUAUGUAGCAUGGAUAAGCGGUAGUUGGAAAUGAUACACACACACACAUUCCUUCCUACACAAUGGUUGCCUUAAGUAAGCAAAGAGGGUCAUUAACCUAUGUUUGAACCGACUCAACUAUAACUCUGUGGAGAUCAAAUAAGACAGCAAGAGCCCCUCCAGGUUGUGUAUCUGGAACUGUCUGCUAAAGUGGUAAUAAAUCAUGGUGAGACUUCAGGAGUUAAUCCAGUUAUAUUGUGUGUCAUGUAUGAGUUGGAAUUAACUUUUGAACCUGCUUUGUCCUGAUCGAGAGGAGGAAGGACAUUUUAAAACCUAUGAUGUCAUAUUUGAUAUAUAAACUGGUGUACAUGGUUCUAUGAGCAGCAUGCUCCGAGAAUAUUGGCUAAUUUUUUGAUAGACUGGUUUCUGUCUAUUUUAUGCAAAUAAGGAUCUUACAAAUUCUUAGAAACGGACAGUGUGAUUUUAAUUGAAAUGGUCAAUGAACACAUAGGAAUUCUAAAAUUCCAUUGACAAUUAGUGAUUUGUGCAUUUAUCACCACAUCACUGAAUAUCAGCCUUGCAUGAUUCAACAUAUGUUAUAAGUUACUGUAUAUACCACUACAAGCACAGGGGACCGUUUUUUGGGGCGUUUUGUGUUUUUUAAACGCCUUAAAACGUUCUAAAAUGAAUGAAAAUAUGCAUUAAUAACGUUUUUAUUUUAUAUAUUGUACAUGUAUUGCUGAUAAAUAAGUAUUAAAACGUUCACGUUUUUUAACAUUCAUUAAAAUAAACUGUACUGUUAGAAGUUA